GGGGAAGUCGCAAGAUGGCCGACGUCGCGUGAAAGUAUGUUCCUCUCCUCAACAUGAAGUCGUGAGUGAGACAGAGAGCGAGGGAGUUUACGUCGGGCUUUUGUUUUUGUUUUAUUUUAGUUGUUUUACUUUAUUUUCCCCUUAAUUAUUCAUCUCAUUCCGAAUCGCGGCAGCACCCGAUUUGUCUCGACUAGUUGACGCGUCAAUCACGCCGGGAUCUUCGCUAACUGGCUAACUGCGCGAGCUAGUUUGUUAGCCACAAACUGUAGCUCUUUAUAACUGUUAACCAGUACAGGACAUAGUGUGUUCACUAGCAGCUAAAGUUAGUUUGAAUUACCUAACGGUCAUGUUGGAUAGCAACGGCGUAGUUGUUGUUUAGUUUGCAGCUAGAUGGGAUACAAAUAGGAUUAUAUUGUGAUGAUACCAACAUUGUCGACAUCGUAACUGUAGCGUGCGCGCCGUUAUCCUCCAUCGUGUGUGCACCGUGCAACACUGUAAUUGAUCAACACAGAGAGACUGUAGCGGGAUUAUAAUAUUGACACAGUAAGGAAUGGACACAGAUUGCAUUUACACGACCAAACGUACAAAAUAGCCGCGCUUAUCUGGAAUUUUACAGGGGGUCGGUUGACAUUUGCAUUUGUGGGAUAAUUUUACCAGACAUUUCAGCUCUUUAGUUAUCCAAAUAUAACCGGUCAGAUCUAGUUCUGAGCACACAGCCUAGAAAUCAACUUCUUAACACGGUUCAUCCAUCUCGCGCGCUCAGACACAAUAUGGGAGUGCAAGGGUUUCAGGAGUAUUUGGAGAAACGCUGCCCUGGGGCGGCAGUCCCAGUAGAUCUUCUCAAGCUCGCCCGAACGGCAGGCCGUCAGCCCCCACACCACCACCAUCACCACCACUACCAUCCCCAUCAUCCCAGCUCGCUGCCUCCGCCUCCCCCGCCAGCGCGCAUUCUGGUUGACGCAGACUCUGGCCUUCAGCGGCUCUACGGGGGCUACCAGACCGACUGGGUUUGUGGAGGCGAGUGGAAUGCAAUGCUCGGCUAUCUGGCGGCGCUCUCCCAGGCCUGUCUGUACCAAGGCGGACUGGAGCUGGUGGUGGUCUUUAACGGCACGCUUGGCAAGGAUCGCUGGCCGGAGUGGGCGCGGCGGGCGCAGGGGCAGCGACAGACCGCACAGCUCAUCGUCAACCACGUCGGAAGCAAGGCCACGCCCCCUCCGCGGGCCUGGUUCCUGCCCCCGGCCUGCCUGAGCCACUGUGUCCGCCUCGCCAUGUUCCGAUUUCGCGUGCGGGUGGUGCAGACCCUGGAGGACCACCAUCAGGAGGUGCUAUCCCUGUACAGAGACUAUGGUUUUCAGGGUCUGAUUGCACAGGACUCAGAGUUUGCGCUAUGCAACGUUCCGACAUAUUUCAGCUCCCACGCUCUCAAGCUCUCCUGGAAUGGCAAGAAUCUGACCACUCACCAGUACCUGCUAUCAGAGGCGGCUCGCCAGCUCGGCCUCAAGACCCAGCACCUGCCCAUCUUUGCUGCUCUUCUUGGUAACCACAUUCUGCCAGAUGAAGACUUGGCUGCCUUUCAUUGGAGUCUACUAGGCCCAGAACACCCUCUUGCCUCCCUAAAGGUAAGGGCUCAUCAGUUAGUGCUCCCUCCAUGUGAGGUUGUUAUUAAGGCUGUAUCUGAGUAUGUGGCAUCCAUCAAAGAUCUUGGGAAUUUAGAUUCGGUGGCCAAGGAUGUUUUCAAGCAGUCACAGUCACGAACCGAAGAUAAAUUUGAGAGGUUUAAGAAGGCAGUGGAAUAUUUUUCAGCAGCCAGUAAACCAAGACCUCUCUCCAUGGGACCUUCUCCUUACCUCUUUCCAGGCUUUGGGCCUAGUCAGUUUAGCGGACCUCCAGGCCAUUUGGGGGCAAUGCAGCCUGUACAAGCUCAGUUUGGUCCACCCCAGGUGUCAGGUAUUAAGGUGCCUUAUCCAGGGGGGCUCUACGGACCCAGCCCUGCCACUGGUCCGGCCCUUUUAUGCCAGAACCCAACUCAGCCUCUGCAGGACUGUAAUGAUUCAUUAGUUGGGAAAAUGGGCUUUGCUGAUUGGUCUGCUCCAUAUGAUUCCUCUCAAAGUGGCAGCCGACAGCCCAAUCAUCACACUGCUGCUCCUACAGGCCCCUCCCCCUCAUCAUCAUCGUCUUCAGAUGGGGAGGAGCAAAAUGACACCAGCACUAAUCAUUUGGCUGACAAGUCUACAAGAUGGGAAGAUCCCAGUGGACGGGGUGGCAGUGGCUCUGGGGACGGGCACCAUGGUAACGGAAGUGGGCCGUCCAUUCCAUCAUUGCUGUCCAUGCCAACGCGGAGUCACAUGGACAUCACAACUCCACCCCUUCCACAGGUCAGUGCCGAGGUGCUGAGAGUGGCAGAACACAGACACAGAAGAGGACUCAUGUAUCCACAGAUCUACCACAUCCUGACCAAGGGGGAGAUGAAGAUGCCAGUGUGUAUAGAGGACGAGUGCAACCCCGACCUGCCUCCUGCUUCUCUACUUUUCCGUUCUGCCCGCCAGUAUGCCUACGGGGUGCUGUUCAGCUUGGCUGAGACCCAGCGGAGGCUGGAGAGACUGGCCAUGCGCAAGCGUUGUCCAGUUGACGUGCCUCCGGUGAUUGUGAAGGAGUGGUGUGCCAGUAAAGCUAAAUCUGCCCUGACCCCAGAGCUCGUCCCAGCCCUGUGUUUCCGCGAGUGGACGUGUCCCAACCUGAGGCGGUUGUGGCUGGGCAGAGCGUCUGAGGACCGUAGCCGUCGUACACGAGCCUUCCUAGCCUGCAUGCGCUCUGACUGCCCUGCCCUGCUCAACCCGACCUGUGUGCCAUCUCACCUGCUGCUCAUGUGCUGUGUGCUCAGGUAUAUGAUGCAGUGGCCAGGGGGUCGCAUUCUUCAGCGCCAUGAGCUUGAUGCCUUUUUGGCUCAAGCUGUGUCCAACCAGCUCUAUGAGCCUGACCAACUUCAGGAACUCAAGGUGGAGAAGGUGGAUAACCGUGGGGUGCAGCUGGCCUCUCUGUUCAUGAGUGGAGUGGACACUGCCUUGUUUGUGAAUGAUGUAUGUGGACAGCCCUUGCCAUGGGACCACUGCUGCCCUUGGGGCUUUUUCGAUGGGAAGUUGUUCCAGAGCAAGCUGGCUAAAGCCACCAGAGACAGAGCCUCCUUACUUGAUAUGUGCGAAGGCCAGGAGGAGCUGGUUUCGAGGGUGGAGAAAAUGCGCCAGGCCAUUCUGGAGGGCAUCAACCUGUCCCGGCCGCCUCCCCCACCUCCACCACUGCCACCCCCUGCAUUCCUCCCCCCUGCCAUGGUGCCCCCUUUCUACCCCAUGCAUCCUCUGUACCCUCCUCGCCCAUUAGGCUCCAUGCCACCUCCUCCUCAUCAUCAUCACCACCACCAACACCGGCCCAGGGCCUUCCCAGGAAUCCAGUCUAUACCUCCCCAGGGUGGCAAGCUGGAAAUAGCUGGCAUGGUUGUUGGUCAGUGGGCUGGGAACAAACCAGUCCGUGGCAGAGUCAAUAUGCAGGUGGUGUCAGUAGGAGGGAAAGGAAGGGGUAAAGAAUUGACCGUGAAAGGAAGGGGAGGGAAGAAAGUGACCACCAACAGAACACAGACUCUGUCCUCUUCACCACCCUCCUCCAGCCCCCCAAAGCUCACUGAGGAAGCUAAAGCGGUGGGGCGGCCCACGGAGGGAAUGGGGACUGUGUCACAGCAGCUGAACGGCAGCUCUUCAGGAAGCGCCACUGGUCAAGCUCUUGACCUGCCACCACUGGCCCAGCCAAUCCAGUGUGCCUUAGCCAGCAGAGACAACCAGUCAGGAGAUGGUGUGGAGGUAGAGGCCCGUUGUUGCCUUGACGACUGCCCACCAGAUGGUGCACUACAGAAAGAGGAGUAAUUACAUCCCAUAAUGUAAUAAGAAUGAGAGAGUGAAAGGGAAUGAUCUAAGGUCGACUGCCUUUUCCUUGCAAAAUUGAAUAUUUAGGGCACAGUAGCCACUUUGUGUUGUCAUGGUAUAAUUUAUGAUGCUGCACAUGCUGGAAACGACAGAUGGACAGUGUCAGGAAUGCAGUCUAUGUGUCACCUUAAGAGCCGGGUCUGGUUUAAAACUGAGCGAGUUUAAAUCACAACCCUUGAUUGCACGUUGCCCUGAAUCUUCGGAUUCUGGACCUCAUCCUUUCCACUGGCCCAUCAGUGUUGUAGCAUCAUGAAAAGCUCGCAAGUCUUUUUAUUUCGACACUGUUUUCUUUUCAGACCUUACUACAUUAAUGGUGACCUUAUAUGUGUGAAUUGCCUAAAAUGGCUACAAAAAGCCCCUUAUUGCCCAAAGUAUGUUUGAAAAUUGACCUACACAAAAUGAUUGCAUGUCAAGUAGCACAGCAGCAACUGCUCUAAAGUUUCCACCACACAGCAAAGAAUCACUUUAUUUGUACUACACAUGGCUGUAUCUGCAGUGUACCAAGGAUUCAAAGUCAACACUGCCCUGAAUACAGUAGAAGAGUGGAAACUGACUGAGAAUGCGGGUUGUAUUUGUAUGUCACAGUGUGCAUUCACACAAAUGGUAGUCCCUUGUUUUUUUUUUUUUUUAAAUAUUAUCUUAUCAAAGAGUGAUUUGCAUGUGGAGAAGUUGCUAUUGUCUUUAGCACAGGGGCCAUGGGCGGCCCGAGAAGUCCAGGUUCAGAGAGGCAUGUUUGAGUAACGUUGAGCAAAUGGAAUGGAAAGAUUUGUACAGGUUACACUCAGCAUCGCAUAGCUAGCUCUACUUUGUUGCCUUCGCUCACAUGUAGACAAUCUUCUUUUAGGCCCAUAUCCCCUUGAGGAUUCACAGCAGUACUUAAGCUGCUAAGUAGUUCUAAAUUAGAUAAAGCACCUUAUGCCCAAAAUUAUACAUAUGCAAGUUCAACCCCUCGAAUGAGGAAGAAAUACCCUUAAAAAUUGAUUGUAUUGCAACGUAAAGCACUUAAAAUGUUAUUUAUGAUAGUACUGUGCUAUAUAAAGACAGUAAAUUGAUUAACGUCCUUUUAUUGAGCAGCAGACCGUCAUUCCUUUUGACAGUUUAACUGUCCAAAUACACUUUUACCUUGCGUGUCGUUUACCAGUAUGACGUACAAAUCAACACCAACCCAUUUGAAUGUGAGAACGGAGUGAGUCGUAACCUGCACUUUGUUUUAAAACCGAAAACACACUGGGUUGUCCUCGAACCAGGAUAAAGGAAAAUCGAGACCUCUGGCAGAGUUAGGGAGGAAGCAGUGUGUUCGGAGAGAACUGUGAUACUGUUUGACAUCCCAGCCGUUUGUAUAUACACCCAAAUGUACAUGAUCCUGUUACACAAUGACAUGAUUUAGGGGAGUGAUUUUAUCAGUGGUCGAGAAUGCGCACAGUCCCUCAGACAAACCUGCCAUUUGACAUCUCUCUGCUUCCCAACAUUUUGGUUUUGGGUUUUAGCAGACGCAACCCCCACAACUAACCCCCCGUUGUUCACGUCUCCUCUGUGCCUUGUGCAUGUGUACCAUGUGGAUGCUUUUUUGUACAUGUGCAUUCUCCCACCAUCGCUAAAAUCAUAGUAGUUUUGUUACGCGUGAAAAUAAUUAAUUUAACAAAUCUUAGAAUUACCUUUUAUUGUGACAAAAUCAUUUAAAAAAAGUCAUUUAAAAAAAAAAAAAAAAUGGAGUCUGUGCUUGUCCAGACUGUUUUGUGAUCAGUCCGACUCGACUUUUUGUGAGUUUCCUAUGAACUCAUGCACUUCUAUGUUCAAAACAUUACUUCUAUUGAGGCGAAUAGGCUUUAAAGUGAAAACUAACGAAACACCCUGAUAAUUAAAGCUGUACUUGCCAUUAGAUUAACCAUUUUGCAUCAGAUGGUUAGGAGAUUAAUUUUACUUACAUGUUAAUGUUUUAAAUGCAUUUUAAAAACAUAAUACAUGUUUUGUACCAAUGAUUUGUUGGACGUAGUGAAUGAGAAUUUAAUUUUAAGAAUUAAAGUACACUUGAGAGAGGCUAUUGCAUUUAAUCAUAGUUUGAGAUCUGUACAAUUGACAAUGUCAAGAUUACAUCACAGCUUUCUAUUGAAGUUAUAAGAUGCACCUUAUUUUGUUAAGAAGUUAAUAUUAUAUUUAGUGCCACUAAAAAUAUAUCGAAAGCUCUUUAAAUCAGAUUAUGGAAGACAUCCAUUAUAGUUACAUGUCUAUGUAUAUUCUGCAAAUUCUCACUCUUGAGGAACCCAGACAGAUCAACCUGUCAGAAAUAUCAUGAUGACCUGAAGCAUGCAUUGUUAAUGCAGUUUGCUAUAAAAUAAGUAAA